ACUGUGACUUUAAUCAGCUGCCAAAAUCGUGUCAACUGUCAAAACUGACAAAUCUUAACAUUACGUUUUUCUUAAACAAACUGUACUUUACGAUUUAUUAAAUUGAAAAAUAUUCGAAUUAAUAUUGAAACUCAAUAAAAAUAUGGAUUUAAUUGACAAACGUUUAACGUAAUUUCCUCGAAAUAAAAUUAAGGUUAUGUUAAAAAAUGAAGCAUUAAGAUAAGAGUUUAGGACACGUAUGUAAUUACAAAUAUUGUAAUAAUUUAAAAAUCAGUGUAAUAGUAUCGCAAUUCGACUGAAGAAAAGUGAAAAUGCGUUAUAAACUAUUACUUUUUAUAUUCAUUACACUAUUGUGUUGUGAGUUUUCUGAGGAAUCAUUAGAAGGCCCUCCAGGUGAUGGAAAGAAAAAGGAAAGUGAUCAAGAUGAUACUAAAAAGGACUAUGAUAGUGAGAAUAGUUUAGAAGUUGAAGAUUUGGAUGCAUUAAAAAUUGUUGCAGCCCCUGAUUUAAGUAAAGAUCAGGAUAAACAUACUAAAGGAGAACUAAAAUUAAGCGAUGAAAUUUCUGAAGCCGUUGACAUUUUUGUAUUAAAUCAAGCAAAAUUUCUCCAAAAAGUAGUUCAGGAUUUUGAUGGUAUAAAGUAUGCAAUCAUUCAAAGUGAGCAGCAACAAGAAGAAGAUGAAGAAUUACCUGUGUUAGCGAAGAAAUUUCAAGAUGAUAAUCCUCCUCAACUCACUCCCGAACAACAAGAGGCAACAAUAUUAUAUGAAAGAGGCACCUUGAUUUUAAAUAAAACCAAGCCUAAUAUAAAAGAAGCUUAUAAACUAUUUGAAGAAUCCUCUGAAAAAGGAAAUGCAGAUUCAAAAGCUCUCAUUGCAUGGGCUCUUUUAUUUGGUUAUCCUUUGAAUCAGAACUUAACAGAAGCUAAGAUUAUGUUCGAAGAAUUAGCAGAAAUGGGACAUGCCCAAGGUCAUAUGGGAAUGGGAUUUUUAUAUGCUUCUGGUUUGGGUGGCGUUGGCGUCAGUCAAUCAAAAGCACUGAUUCAUUACACAUUUGGAGCAAUUGGGGGUAAUUCUUGGGCCCAAAUGGCUUUAGGUUAUAGAUAUUUUUCCGGGGUUACUGUUUCGGCAAGUUGUGAAAAGGCUUUGGAUUUUUAUCGAAUAGUUGCUGAUAAAGUCAGCCAAGGUGUUUCGUUCGGUGGUGGAACUGCUAUUCAACGAAUCCGGCUUUUAGAUGAAUUAGAAAAUGGUUACACAACUGGAAUUUUGGACAACGAUCUAAUCGAAUACUACCAAUUAUUAGCCGAAAAAGGUGACAUUCAGGCACAAGUCGGUUUGGGUCAAUUGUAUUAUCAGGGCGGUCGAGGGGUCGAAUUGGAUUACAAAAAAGCUCUGCAUUAUUUUGGACAAGCGGCUAACGCCGGAAAUGCCAACGCCAUGGCUUAUUUAGGAAAAAUUUAUCUGGAUGGGAGCGAUGAAGUUGAACAGAGCAAUGAGACGGCAUUAAAGUUUUUUAAAAAAGCUUCCGAACUAAAUAAUCCCGUUGGUUUAAGUGGAUUGGGAGUUAUGUAUUUGUACGGACGUGGAGUUGAGAAAGAUUACGUGAAAGCAUACAAAUAUUUUCUUGUAGCAGCUGAACAGGGAUGGGUGGACGGACAAUUACAACUUGGAAAUAUGUAUUUCAACGGUCUAGGAGUGAAAAAAGAUUACAAAUUAGCCAAUAAAUACUUCUCUUUGGCCGCUCAAUCCGGUCAUGUUCUCGCCUUUUAUAAUUUGGGUCAAAUGCACGCUUUGGGAACCGGGAUGAUGCGAUCCUGUUCCACUGCCGUUGAAUUUUUCAAAAACGUCGCGGAAAGAGGUCGAUGGGGUGAACUUUUAAUGCAAGCUCACAAUUUUUACCGCGAAAAAAAUUUUAACGAAGCUUUCGUCCAAUAUGCUCUUUUAUCCGAAUUGGGUUAUGAAGUUGCCCAAAGUAAUACAGCUUUUAUGUUAGACCGAGAUGAAGUGCCUAUCUUUGAAUCGCCUCAAGGUCUCUCUAGAGCGUUACUUUAUUGGGGACGUGCGGCAUCUCAAGGAUAUUCACCAGCUCAAGUUAAACUAGGUGAUUAUCAUUAUUACGGUUUAGGAACUUCAAUUGAUUACGAAACGGCAGCUUCUCACUAUCGUUUGGCGUCUGAUCAACAGCACAAUGCGCAAGCAAUGUUCAAUUUGGGUUAUAUGCACGAACAGGGAUUAGGAAUGGCUAAGGAUAUGCACUUGGCGAAGCGAUGCUAUGAUUUGGCCGCGGAAACUAGUGCUGAUGCUAGAGUUCCUGUCGCUUUAGCACUUUUCAAAUUGAAUGUAAUGUUCAGUUUGCAAACGAUUAAUGAGUUUUUGUUACAGAGUCCAAUGUCUUCAAUGUUUGAUAUGGAGGAAGCUAUAAUGAAUUGGGAUUUGUAUUUAAUAACAACAUUAAUAGCCAUUUUGGCCGGGAUUGUUUAUUUUCGAAGACCUCAAUUACCACCGCAAGCAGCAUAAACUAUUAAUACUUUGCUACUAUUUGUUAUAAAUAAUCAUCCUCAUUAUGAUUAUAAUUACCUACCUUUGUAUAUAUACAUUACUUUAUAAUUUAUCUGAGUGUGGAUAUUGGAAUGAAUGUUAUUAGGAAAAAAAUGAGCAUUUAAUUGUAAUUAUAUCUUGAAAAUAAACGAGAUACUUUUAGUUU